AUGAAGGGCCUUCUCACAUCUGCAUGCAUCGCACUUGCGACGUGCGUAAGCUCCGCCCUGGGCUCAGUGUCAUGGACUGGAGCCAAUCUGUACUACCUCCAGGGAAUGUCUGAUGCCGAUGCAGACGCCUAUAUCAGCAAACUGAGCGACUUCGGGGCGAAGGUUGUGAGGCUAUGGGUUAACGGUCAAUCCAAGGGCUGUCAGAAAGGCAGCAACAUUGUCCGGGACAUUCCCCAGCUUGAAACUACUCUUGGCCAGUACAACCAGGUCACACUUGACGAGCUCGACAGGGUGUUGGUCAAACUCGCGGCCAAAAACAUCAAGGCAAUCAUCUCUCCGCAUGACUCCAACUCUCUGAUUGGAGAUUACCGAAAGGACGUGUAUUACGCUCGCUGGGGUGCUGGCUACUUCUACGAACAGCAAGAUGCUUUCACUGCAUAUGACAAUCGCCUCACCUACAUCUUAAACUACAAGGGCAAGUACUCUGGCAAGGUGUGGAAGAGCUGGCCCCAGGCUAUCGUGAGCUUCAAUCUGCAGAAUGAGCCCAUGACUCCUGGUCCAAGCAAUUGCAAGAAUGGAGAUCCUUAUGGCUGGGCUUGUGGUCGCGCUCGUAAGCUACGCAGUCUCCUCGGAUCCAACACAAACACCUUGGUCUCUACMGGUGGCCUCGGUGGUGACAUCUCCCACUCAUGCACAUUCCUCCCUGCCGUGACCCAGUGCGAUGCAGUCGAUGCCAUCUCCAUCCACCGCUACGCCAGUGUUCCAGGUCGAUGGAGCGAUUCCCUAUCUGGCUGGAUCAACCAAUCCAAUGGCAAGAAAGUGUACAUCGAGGAAUGGGGCAUCGACUCGACCAAGUAUGACCAAAAGUCGGCUUUUGUGUCCGAAGUCAACAACAUGAACUCAGUCGGUCUCCCUAGCAUGUAUUGGCAGAUUCUUCCUCCGGCAACAAGCAGCUGUGGUUACAGCCCUAAUCAGGAUUCUGGUGAUCCAUUUGGCAUCUUUUACAAUUCUGGGACCAACUUUGCUGGCCCCAUGAAGGGUGCUACAGGUGUACAGGCCGCACAAGAUUGGAGUGGCAGCGUUUACUGA